AUGGUGCUGUUGAGCCCCUCAAUCAGCGCUCUUAAAGUACUUCUCAAUGUAUGUGAAAGGUAUGCCGAGGCCCAUGGGCUCAGAUACAAUGUUAAAAAGAGUGAGCUGUUGGUGUUCAAAUCAGGUUCCAAAACCUAUUCGACGCCACCAGUCACUGUAAACGGAACUGAACUGGAAAAAGUGACCAAGUUCAAGUAUCUGGGUCACUGGGUCACGGAAAAUUUAUCGGAUGACGUUGACUUGGAGAGGGAACGCAGGGCACUGGCGGUACGGUGUAACAUGCUGGCCCGUAGAUACAAGAUAGAGCUGAGCGACCUGCAGAUCCUGGUGGGCCGCGCGCGAGACAACUGGAAGUACGCGCACACCAAGAGCACGUCGUCGCUGCACUUGCUGGACAGAUUCAGCAUCCUGCUGCAGGCGGAGCGCCGCGUGGUGCACACCAGCGACCCGCAGUACCCGACGGCCACGCUGUGCGGCUCCCUGCCGGCGCUGGUCGUGCACCUCAGCGAGCAGAAGCUCUUCGCCGCCCGGAGCGUCGUCGCCAACGCCGGGCUCUUCGACGACGCGUCGCGGGACGGCCAGGGGCCGGCGGCGGCGCCGGAGGAGGAGGACGAGCGCAGCGCCAGCUCGGAGACGGAACGGUCGGAGUACUCGGCGCACCAGAACGCCACGCUGUUCAUGCUGCAGUUCGCCAUCGAGCAGAUGUCCCUCGAGGUGCAGUCGCGCGGGCGCAGCAUCGCGGAGGUGCAGGUGUGCGGCGUGAAAGCCGCGCUGACGGCGAGGCCGUACGACCUGUCGCUGUCGCUCAGCGUGCACUCGCUGCUGCUCGUGGACGCGCUGCAGACCUACGGGCCCGACUUCGAGCUGCUCGUCGCCAGCCACAAGCACGUCGGGAUGGACACGGCGUCGGGCAGCAUCCGCGGCUCGGAGCCCACGUCGCCCACGUCGCCUACGUCGCCCACGUCGCCCGCGUCGCCGUCGGGCGCGGCCGUCGCGCCGGCGCCCCCGCACGUGCUGCACCAGGCGCUGUACUCGCUGCACCGAGGCGAGGCGGCCAGCCGAGGUGCUCCCGCUGCGUCGCCCGCGCCGUCCGACGGGCCCGGGGCCGACCGCGCCCGGCCGACUUCGGCGCCCGCCUGGGGCGCGCCGGCGGCGGCGGGCUGGUACGCCGCGGGGCUCGUCGACGCCGAGGCCCUCAUCGCCGUCGACCUCUGCCUCGUCAAGGGCGACGCCGGCUCCGAGGACCUGAGGAUCGCCAACAUCCUGUUCAACAAUCUGGACAUCAUCGCGAACCAAGAGACGAUCGUGGAGUUGAUCGGGUUCACGCAGCGCGUGCUGGGCAGCAAAUCGGCGCCGAAGCAAGCGGCCGAUUCUCCGCUGGCCGCGCGCAUCGCCAGCACCAGCCUGCUCUCGGUCGCGCCCGGCGAGGACGAGGCCAAGAAAGAGACUCGCACCGAGAUCACGUUCGAUUUCCAUCGGCUGGGCGUGCUCCUUCUACGCGCCGCCGUGCACGAAGGAAACGUCGUCGCCAAGAAAAUAGCCACCGCCACGCUCAGCGAAGCCAAAAUUCAGGCCACCGUCGACGGGUCGCGCGUGCGGGCGGGCGGGUCGCUGGGCGGCGUGCAGGUGGUGUCGCUGUGCGAGGGCAAGGGCGUGCACACGCGCAUCGUGUCCGCCGGCCGCGCCGCGCACGCGCACGCGCACGCGCACGCGCUGCCGCACGACGACGACAAGGCGCUGCUCUUCACCAUCAGCAGGAGCGUCGACGCGCUGGACGACGCCGACGCGCCGGUGGUGGAAGUGAAGGUGUCGAUGCGCGUGGCCAGCGUGUGGUACACGCACUCGGGCGGGCUGCUGCGCGAGCUGCAGUCCUGCCUCAGCGAGUUCAAGCAGUACCUGGCCAACCUGGCGCGCUCCAUCCGCGCCGCCGCUGCGGACAUGGCCAUCGGACUCGUGCAUCCCAGGGGCGACUCGCUGUACGCGAACCCGAAGCUGUCGCAGUCGACGGAGGGCGUGUCCCCUCGGCGCCGGACGACCAGCGCCGGCUGCUCGCUCGACGAGCCGCCCGACCUCAACGCGGACAACAUCGUGCUCAGCGUGCAGAUCGAGCUGGAGUCUCCGGUGGUGGUGGUGCCUUGCGCCGCUCACAGCACGCAGGUGUUCGUGGCGCACCUGGGCCGCAUGAGCCUCAGCAAUCGGCCGGGCCCGCCGCACAACACGCUCUACCGCAUCCGCCUCAGGGACAUCUCGCUCGCCUCCGUGGACGUGGGCGAGACGCUCGCGGCGCACGCGCCGUCGGCGGAGGACAUGCCGGCCGUCUACGACGCGACGCGCGGCAAGCCCGUGCUGCACGACACGGCGCUGCAGUUGCACGUCAACUACACCGACUCCGAGACCCGCGACCCGACGUGCGAGGUGAGCGGCCACAUCGUGGGCGGGCUGCACGUGUCGGCGCGACGGGAGCAGUACGAGCAGCUGCUGCAGACGCUGCGUUGGGUCAGCACGGGCAGCGACGGCGCCGGCGGGGACGCGCGUGCACCGCCCGUGCCGGCGGCCGCCACCGAGGUAAGGUUUCCUCGGCGGGCCUCGUCGCCGACGCUGCAACUGUCCAUUUCCAAGGACCGGUCGGGACUAGGACGAUUUUAG